AUGCUGGUCUGGGAGAUCGACCCAAUGUUGAACGCGUCCUUUUGGGAAUCUGCAGGAAGAGACUGCAAACCCAGCCCCGCGUUUACCCACAAACUCCAUGAUUGCUCGAUUUUCUGCAUGCUGUCUCUUUCCAAAGAUGUAAUCCUCACAGGGUCCGACGAUGGCAUGCGAGCAUGGAAGGCAGAUUCUUUGCUCGGUGCCAAAGCUGUGCUGAUCGACAGCUUCGUGCAACCCCAGAUUUGCAUCGGGCGGGGGGCAACUCUGCCCGUGGCUGAGACCAACGGGCUCGCUCGGAACACCUCGGGGUCAACCUUCAUUUCUGCAGCAGGAGACUCGAAGGCGUAUGCGUGGGAUAGUGGGACGUUCAAGGUCAAGGCGACCUUCCAAGGACACGACAAGUACCUGCAUUGCGUGCAGUGCAAGGAUGAGAACCUUUUUGUGACGGGAGCCGAGGACGGGAAGGUGCUGCUGUGGGACCUGAGGGACUCCAAGAGGGCUGGGGAGCUCCUCCCCGUCUCCAACGGCCCGGGUGCCAGUCAGUUCGUGGGAGCGGUCGACGUUGAGAAGAGCAACUGGGUGGCGGCGGGAGGAGGAGGGAAAUGUGUCUGGUUGUGGCACCUCGGAAGCAGGAAGCUGGUCGCUGCCAUGCCUUCAUGCGGCGACGUGCAGGCCGUGACGUUUUGUGGGGAUAAGAUCAUCAGUGCAGGCGCCGAGCCAGCCAUGUACAUCUGGUCGCGGUCGGGGACGCUGGCCAGCCGUGUCAAGACCGACGAGCCCUCGAUGUACGGCAUUGCACACAGGCCUGUCGACCUUCAAUCUCCUCCUGACUCAUUGGACUCCCGCAUCGUUGCAACUUUCGGGACUCAGGACUCUGUGAGCAUUCACUACCGUGGGGGAGCAGACUUCGGGUUCAAGUUGUCCACCCACGUAGGAUGA